AUGGAGGUUAAUGAGAUUAUUGCAUGGUGCAGAGAGAAAAGCGUUGAGUUGGACAGAGUUCUUAUUUUAAGCAAGGUGCCUACAGACUGUGAUGACAGAGUAGUCUAUGAUGUGCUGGAUACUGUUCUGGGGAUUGGGAAAUGCAAAGUGCUUGAUCGUCACUCUGAUGAAACUAAGCAAUAUCAGUUUAUUUUGAUUGAAAUAGCUUGUAGCAUCUCCGAUAUAUCUAUUCCUACAGAGAUUGGAGGACCUGAGGUUGGUCCCUGGUACACGCAGGUCGUUCAUGUAGCAGCUGAACCCCCUAAGCAGAGAGAGGAAGAGUUCCAGUCUAAAUUGAUCUCUUUCCUCCAAAAAGAGGGCAAAUCAUUAGCUGACAUCCCAAGUGUUGUUUCCCCUGCACCUGACCUCAACACUAAAUUAGUUGAUGCCAUAAACUCUCUUGUCCAAACGUGUCAUGUGGCUUCAUCAGAGGAGAGAGUGGGAUACAGAAGGCUGCGUCCUUUCUCAGGAUUCAUACCAACUCCUCCUGGGGAAGAUGAGUAUGAGGUUUGGGUAGAGCAGACUACCCACAUUCUGGAAGAAUGGCAGUGUUCUGAUAAUAUCAAGAAGCAGAGACUUGUAGAGUGUCUCAGAGGUCCUGCAGCCGAUAUUGUUAGAUUUGAAAAGACUGGAAACCCAACUGCUACUUUCAGUGAUUAUCUCAGUGUGCUAGAGUCAACAUUUGGCACUACUGAGGAUGCUGCCGAUUUGAUGUUAAAGUUUCGGAGCACUUACCAGAAUGAGGGAGAAAAGCUCUCCGCCUACAUACUGAGGUUGGACAGGAUGUUGCACAGUAUGCUAAGGAAGAAAGGCAUAGAAUAUUCUGCCCUGAAUCAUCUUCGAAUCGCGGCAGAUUGUCAGAGGUGCCCUGUCAAGUGA